CAAGGGCUCCUUCAUUCGCAGCAGCACCGGGACGCGGCCGCUGGGGAGCCACACCCAGACGGAGCCGCGGGGCCUGCGACUACCCCCGGAGCUGGCCUGAGGGAUUCUUCUGUCCAUGGCUGCCACCAAAACUUCGAGUUAUGAUCAACAUUUCAGGCCAGAAAAAUUAAGAGAAUGGCCAGAGCCUGAGUCCGUUUCUUUAAUGGAGGUAUGAGCUAGAGAAGACAUUGAUGAAGCAGUACAUGCAAUAUUAUUUAGAGAAAAUUCUGUUGUGAAGGUUACAGUCCCACCAUUUUUUGAUCCUGUGUUUCAAAGACAGCAAGACAUGGAUGAAGAGAAGAGAACUGGUCUAUGGUGUGAGACAGGGAAAGACCAUUCCAUAAAAGAACUUAAAGAAAUAGAGAAGUCCAGGCCACCUGCCAGCCCGCUCCGCUUCACUUUCGCUUUACACAGUGUAAUUCUGAAGGAGCGGCAGAAAGCCUCUGCAAGAGUCAGGAGUAAAACUUGCGGUAAAUGCAGUCCUGAAAAGCUCAUCUGUGCAGAAAAGAAACAAAAAGAGAAAAAGACAACCGACCUAAGUCAGGCUGAGUUUGAAAAGCAGUUCCUUUCCUCAGAGCUCAGCCAGAAGAACAAAGUGGGUGACAGGAAGGGUCUGGUGAGCAGACACUCCCCCCGUCCCCACCACACACAGAGGAUGGGCCUGCAGCUGCUCUCCAGCCUGUGAACCUGGUUAGGGAUUUUGUGAGGCGGGGCUGGGAUGCAAGGCUUUGCAGCCCCCAUGAGCAGCACGUACGGGUUCUAGAAUGAGCCAGCGCCACAGCUCUCCCUGUCAGACGAGCACCCGAGGGCAGAGCAGGCAUGGCCCAAGAAGAAGGCCUGAAAAGGAGGAGGAAGAAAUGGUGGGUGGCCUCAGGCUCAGGGCCGCAGCUCUGACGGAGACCCUUGGGUGGGGAAGCCUUGCAGGAAGAAACUCAGAUAAGUGGUAAAUGUGGGACCUGGACCCCACUUUCUGGAGACAGAUCCUGUCCUUCCAAGGUGAGGGCCAGCCUGGCCACAGGGGCUUUUCUCUCUGAGAUUUCUUCAGCGCCUUCACCUGGGCCUUUGCCCUUCUGCCAUUUUCCCGCCAUUUUCCACUUAGUCCAUCCAAACCGCACCAAAAAUGGUGUUCUCUUUAGUUGUUGUAUUUGACUGGAGCGUAGAAAGUUACCACAAGACAAAAGUAUGCCAGAUUGCAGGGUCAUUUAUUAUGCCGGCGACCACA